AUUCAGUGUGUUACAUGUUAGCUUCACUGUCACAACUUCUGUGACAAUUGUGUUUGGUAGAGCAACGUCUAGCCGGAUUGCGACAUACCUGGUGUUUCCUGGAGCGGAGGGGACCUCCAUUCAAAGCGUGCACGUCCCUCGGUUUUCGAGGGGACUGGCCUCACCUCCGCUUCUGGAGGCGAAGGGUUGAAGCAAAGCCAAAAGGACUGAAGGCACCUCAAGACGGCGGCGCAGUCGGGCGCCUCCCUCAGCACCAAAGCACUGCCAUUGCGGCUGACCAGCAUCUCCUCAAACACGUCGCUCUGCAUAGUGAGCACCAGACUGUGGGCCUGUAUCACCUUCACCUCGUCUGUGUCCACGGUGAGCACACGGAGGGUGACGUCGCUGCCGUUCCCUGCUGUUAGGAGGCCCUCCAUACGCUGCACCAGGCUCAUGGAGUGAUUCAGGACGGUGGCCCCGAACUCCGGGGGCGAGUCCAACUUCAGAGGCGCUUUGGAGAUCAAGGUUCCCAGAGGAGAGCUGAAGUGGCCUUAAUGAAGGCGACUGUGGCAAAACUGGAUGAUGGAGUCCAUGGAGCCUCAUCACCAAAGUGAUCUCAUCAGAAGGCCAUUAAUCAGCACCAGUCUGUGCAUGGCAACAACGCAUUGUGACCCAGUUGCACAGGGAGAACCCGAGUGGAAACGAGCCACUCCAAAGGAGAAUAUGCAAAGCUGCUGACAACAAAGGAGAGGUGGACGCUUAACAGGAGGGUGGAGACAUUGGGAAUGAGAGCCAUUCGAAGGGCUCCUGUGGACUGAACGCGACCUGCUCGGAACCGGCCUUGGGGCCGAUGACACAGCGGCGCGAUAGACGCUGGGAAGGAGUGGGAGGAUUGGGGGAACGGUGCUCGAUUCCACCGGGAGAGUGAAUCAGUGAGCAGGAAAUUGCUCGGAUUAUCUGCUUGAGGAACUGGGAUUUGUUCUCGUAAGAACAUAAACAUUUGGGACUAAAGUCUACCUGGAUCACCUGUUGGUAGCAUCUUAUCUGCGAGGUAGCCAUGGCGUUGACAGGCCCGCCCAAGGGAUGCGGACCCAGCAUCGGCUCCAUCUACUACAACCUGUGCGACCUGACUGCUGUAUGGGGGGUUGUGGUGGAGGCCGUCGCCGCCACGGGCGUGGUGACCUCUUUCGUCCUGUUCGUUAUCCUCAUGGCCUGCCUCCCCUUUGUGACGGACAAGGCAAGAAAAGGCAUGGUUGCUUUGCAAGCCGGCGUUCUGGUUUUCACCCUCGGACUCUUUGGUCUGGCCUUCGCCUUCGUGGUGGGCCGCUACUCCACCAGCUGCGUGGCGCGGCGUUUCCUCUUCGGCGUCCUGUUUUCGGGCUGCCUGGCCUGCUUGGUCAUGCACGGGCUGUGGCUGGUGUUGCUGCAGAGGCGGGGCCGGGGCCCCAAGAGCUGGAUGCUGUGCCUGGGAGCACUCGCUCUCUGGUUAGUGGAGGUCAUCAUCAAUACAGAGUGGCUUAUUAUUACUGUCAUCCGUAAUCCACCGGAUGGCGUGGACGCCGAGCCGUCUUGUCGUUUCGCCAACCAGGACUUUGUCAUGGCCUUGAUCUACGUGAUGGUCCUGAUGCUCGCCGCCGUGGUGAUAGCCGUGACCUCUCUGACGCACAAGCGUGAGCGCUGGCGCAGAGACGCCGCUUUCAUCCUGGUCACUGGCAUCUUCACUUCGGCCAUCUGGGCAGCUUGGAUCGGCAUGUACGUCGGCGGGAAUAGAGCACUCGGAGACGCCGGCUGGGACGAUCCCACCUUGGCGGUUGCCGUGGUGUCCAACGCCUGGGUGUUUCUUCUGCUGUACGCCGUGCCGGAGAUCUGUUUGCUGACUCGACCUGACCCGGACUUGGAGCCGCCCCAUGACGGCGACCACAUUUACCCGGCUAGGAGCUUGGUCUACGACAACAUCCACAAAGAGCCGGAGCCACCCCAUCAGACUCUGUAUAUGGAAAAUAAAGCCUUCACCAUGGAGGAACCUCCGACAGCACCAUCCAAGCCGGUGUCGCCCUACGGUGCUUAUAACGGUCAACUGCGAAGUUGCGUCUACCAGCCCACUGAAAUCGCCCUAAUUGCCAAGGGUCUGACCAAGAUGGACCAGGACACAAUGAUGCGCCGCGCCUCAACCUCCUCCUUGAACGCAGGCGUGAGCAACAGCAGCUCGCUGGAUCGCUCAAUGGCCUCCUUAGCGUCCUAGCAACCGUAUCACUCACCAGCAGUUCAGAGUGGCCUGCUUUCACUCGCGUGGUCUUAUCUUGUUUGAUGUGAUUUUGUUUUUUCCCCCCACUUUUUUACUCUAUGUGCUGCAUGGUAGUUAUAGAUCGAAUCACUGCAAUCAAGAGUUUAUGAUUUUCCUGUUGUUUUUUUUAUAUGAAAUGUACAAACCAGAUUCCCUAAAAGUUUUGAUGCUACACAACUUGUGAAAAAAAAUGCAGUGAUGUACAGGUGCUAAAUUUCAAUGUCUUAUUCAAAAACAUAGAUGACAUAUCAAACGUUUAACAUCAGAAAUGCAUCAUUUUAUAUGGAAGCAUCUUGCUGCCACCCAAAUAAAAAAGUCGAGUCUCAUGUUUACAUGAUAGCUAUUACUUUUUCACGUGAUAAUAAUGUUAAAACGUGAU